ACAAGACAGUCUCCAUGGCUUAAUUUAUAUCCUUUUCCACUCAAUUACUGAAGACAAACGAUCCCGCUUAGCAAUGCCUCAAUUCUAUGACUCUCAAGUCAGUAACCAAAAUCAUAAAACUGCUUGGCAUCGAACACAACGAUUGUACCGUGGCAGGUGCGAUGCGUGCUACGAAGAAGUCAGGAUGGUCCGGUAACUUUACGCGAAGCUCACGCCAAAUCAGCUUAGCUUGUCGGUCCAGUCUGAGUUAUCCUACCUUUCGCACUGGACGUUGGCAACUACAGUAUGUUGAACCGCAUCAGUUCUUGUUACAUUGUUACGAGUUACAAGAUGGUAGAUAUGCUCGUGGAAUCGGUUCUCCUCUGGGAGGCAUAUGGAAAGGUGGGACCAUCGGGUCAUAUGGCGGUAACUUGCACCGCUCCCGGCAGCUCCCGGCACUGCAAACCAAGAUUAUCGGCUGA